UUUGACUUAUUAAAACAAUGGGUGGCUUGGGGUUUAUUUUCAACAUUGUUUUUUUAUUUUCGGUCGGUUCAUAUGCACCGUUUGUAAAUGCUGAUUCUUGUACCAUCAGCUCAUACGACCAGGUUGACACUGUCCUGGCAAGUUGUGCCACUGUAACAGUCGGGAGCUUUACCGUACCAGGAGGCAAGAGCUUGAUAAUGCAACCGAAAGAUGGAGCAUACGUCACAUUUACAGGGGAAAUAAGAUUCGAACAUUACAAUUGGGACGGACCGCUAAUUCAAAUUUGGGCGACGAAUGCUGUCAUUAAGGGAGACGAUAAUCACCUGUUUCAUGGCCUGGGUGAAUCUUACUGGGGUUUCGAUGGGUCAAAACCUGUGUUAAUGUAUCUCAGAGGUACACACACCGGAUUCUAUGGAUUCAAGAUAAAGAACUGCCCGCAGCGAUGUGUUGCGUUAGACAGCUCCAAAAAUUCUGUGAUUGGCAACUUCAUUAUCGACAACUCUGAUGGAGUGGGUUCUGCAAGGAAUACUGACGGUUUCGAUGUUGCCAAAUCGAGCGGUAUUACAAUCAAAGACAGCGUGGUGAAUAAUCAAGACGAUUGUGUGGCGAUUAAUUCGGGAUCCGACAUUUUGGUCGACAAUCUGCAAUGUACCGGAAGUCACGGAUUUGAUAUUUCGUCCGGGUUGUCCAAGGGUAGCGACAACUUCGUUUCUAAUGUUACGUUCCAAAAUUCGGUAUUUAUUGGAGGCAUGGUGGGUCUCAGCAUGUUGUCGCAUACCGAUGGAGGAACUGGGGAAGUCAGCAAUAUCAAUUAUAAUAAUAUUCAUAUAGAAGGUCCAUCAGAUUACGGUAUCUUUUUCCAUCAAGACUUCUCCAGUGCCGCUCAAGGUAACACUGGUGUGCCGGUAGGCACUGUAGUCUUUUCGGAUAUAACUCUCAAUAAUAUCUACGGUUACGUCGAUGGUAAAUACUCGUCCGGGGUUUGUCUACGAUGCGCUUCGGGAUACUGCAAGAAUUUCAACUUCUAUAAUGUGGAUAUAACCGGCGGGAAGAACAAGGACGAAUGUAAUGUGCAGCCUAAUGGAUAUACUUGUAAAUGAUCUGAAAUAAAUUCAA